CACAGAUGUGCAGCAGCAGCAGCAGCUCAAGUUUGAACAUCACAGUUAGGGGGAAAAACAUGAACGCAUUUAUUUUAGGCUGACAGAUUGGAUGUUUGCACCGAAGAAGUCACUCUUUAAGAAGCGCUGCGGAACAAACCUGAGCUCACAACCCCUUCUGAUGAGACACAUAAAGGGCAUGGGAGGAUAUGAGAAAGUCAUCCUGUUCAUCUUUUACCUCCAGCUUUGGUCCAAGCCGAUGGGCGAGGCAAUACAUCCUGACUGCGCCAUCAUCUUCCAACACCUGAGGGCUCGGGAGAUUUGCAGCCAGACGAGGAGAAGCGAGGCGCAAAACCGGAGCGAUCACAGCGGUGGGUUCCCGUGUGGAUGUAAAACAGAGUGGGACGAGAUUGGGUGUUGGCUGAGGGCCGAAGCUGGGCAAGUUGUCAAUUUAUCCUGCUCUGAGGUCUUCCGGCAUUUCUCCAGCAAUCAAGGGUAUGUGUACAGGAAUUGCACUGGUGAUGGCUGGUCUGAAAUGUAUCCAACUUAUGAAGACGCCUGUCAUUUCAGUGAUGACAGCGAGCCUGAAUCUGAGACAAGUUACCUUUAUACGUUCAGACAGGUCUACACUGUAGGGUACGCCACCUCACUCAUCUCCCUCCUUACAGCCAUAGUGGUGUUUGCAGGCUUCAGGAAGUUUCGCUGUACCAGAAACUACAUUCACAUCAACCUGUUUUCCUCCUUCGUCCUGAGAGCCAGUGCUGUGUUCAUCAAGGACGCGGUGCUGUUUGCAGAUGAAACUCUAGACCACUGCUCCAUGUCUACGGCUGCAUGUAAGUCAGCCGUGGCUUUUUUCCAGUUCAGCAUCCUGGCCAAUUACUUUUGGUUGCUGGUGGAGGGCAUGUAUCUGCAGACCCUGCUGGCCCUCACUUUCGUCUCUCAGAGGAAAUACUUCUGGUGGUACAUUCUCAUUGGAUGGGGACUGCCAUCAAUGGUCCUCAUUCUUUGGGUUCUGACCAGAUUUUUCUAUGAUGACAGAGGCUGCUGGGAUGACAAUGACAAUGUUGGCAUUUGGUGGAUCAUUAAAGGUCCAAUAACAGCCUCGCUACUGGUUAACAUAGUCAUCUUCAUAAACGUUAUCCGGAUUCUGGUCCAAAAGCUUAAAUCUUCAGCCAUGGCUGGAAACUGUGACACUGGUCAUUUCAUGCGGCUGGCUAAAUCCACCCUGUUCCUCAUUCCUCUGUUUGGGAUGCACUACACUGUUUUUGCCUUCCUGCCUGAGAACACCGGAGUGGCAGCAAGGCUGUACAUCGAGCUGGGCCUGGGAUCCUUUCAGGGCUUUGUUGUGGCACUUCUUUACUGCUUCAUGAAUGGAGAGGUUCAGACAGAGCUCCGCAAAUGGCUUUGGAGGUGCCACAAUCCAAAUCAUCUCACUCCAGCCAAGAGAAGCAUCACUCAGAUCACAAUUCGAACCCAUCGAGGUUUGGGUUUGCCUCCGUCUAGUGCCAAUAUCUCUGCUGUGUGAUUUUUAUUUUUAGAAGGAGAAAAUAUUCAUGAAUUUGAAGAAACAAAAGCGUGGAAUUCCUCUGCUAAACAUGAUGAUGACAUUAAUUCAACUGUUGUUCUGUGAGAUAUAAGAGCACCGGGAAAACUACUGUGUUAACUAGGUAACAUGUCUGAAUGCUUUAUAUCAGUUUCAGCAGAGGUUGUGAAGAAUGGUGCAACACUCAACUAGAUCACAGGGUGCUCAAUCAUAUCUCUAGUGCCUAACUUCUACAGACAUUAUGGUGCCAUCGUAAAAACAGGAAACAACAACCAAAACAGAGCUGGGUCUGGGCUGAGGAGGAUAUCAGAUGGUUGUGUUUACAGUUUGGACCUCAUAGGGUAUACAUUUUUAUCUGUGAACUGGAGUAAAUAUUGAAUUUCCAUGUAUGGAGGCAAAUAUAUGUGAAAUAUGUAAAUCUUCCUGACAGAGACAGUAAAGUUUUUUCAUUACAGGCUGAAAUAAAACACUCACAUGAUGCAAAUGUGUUAUGUUAGCUCACAAUGGUAGAGUAUGUUUUCAAAAAUUAUUUUUAAAAGAAUCACAAACUUUCUGAUUGAGGUUUUUAUCAAUUGCUUUUCUUCUAUGGGUGUAACAGAAGAUAUUGCUUUGUUAAAAUGUACUGAUACAAUAUACUGCCAAAGUAUUUGUCUGUCUAUACUUUUACAUGUAUAUGAACUUUGAUGACAUCCUAUUCUUAAUCUAUAAGGUCCAACUUUUUGAUGGACCCACUGUUGCCAGCAAUAGUAAUUUUAAAUAUUCUGUAAACAUCUUCCAUGACGUUUAGGGGUGUGUCUACAGUUAGAAAGGAAAACCAGAAUUACAGCCUCUGCUCUAAUCCAUCCCAAAGGUGUUCAAGAAGGUUGAGGUCAGGACUCCGUGCAGAUCAGUCCAGUUUCUCCACACCAAACUUUAUACACCUGCAGCCAUGGAAGUGAUUGUAACACUGUGCAUCAUUAAUUUGAUGGUGUGACCCAAUACCUUUGGUAAUAU